GGUAUGAAUAAAAUGUAAACAAACCGCUGGAAUGAUGGAAAUUGUAUUUUAAAUUACUUUCUUCGGAAAAGUUUGAGACUUAUUUCAAAGAAUGAAGUUAUUUUAAAAGAUUUUAUGAACUUCAAAUAGAAUCAUGGUUGAAGUUACCAAAGCGAAUUUUGAAGAAAUCUUGCCUCAAGUUGAGAGCUCCAUUUGGAAUGCUUCUUUUAUUGCCAUGGAUACAGAAUUCACAGGAUUAACUUUGGAGAACUCAAAUGAAAUUAGGUUAUUUGAUACAUUGGAUUCAAGGUACCAAAAACUGAAAAGCAGAGCUUCAAAUUUUAUCCCAUGCCAAAUUGGUUUGUCAACUUUUACAAAACAUCAAAACAAAAAUCUCUAUUUGGUUGAAACUUUUAUCUUUUAUGUUCGUCCUUGUUUGUCUGGCUCUUGUGAUAAGCGCUUCAUGUUUCAGGCUUCUGCUGUGGAUUUCCUAUGUAAAUAUGACUUCGAUUUUAACAAAUUUUUUAAAGAAGGAAUUCCUUACAUCAAUGAAGCUCAAGAACAUCAACUUCAUGAGGAAAUUAAAGAUGGUACCAUUCAAUACACUUAUAGAAAUUUGAUGGACUUGAGUUCUAGAAGAAAACUAGAUGUGCAAAUUAAUUCAUUUGUAAAUAUGACAAGUAUUCCCAAAUCUGUAAAGAGCUGUGCAGGAGAUGAAUCUGCAAAGGAAGUAGAGCAGUUAGUUUUGGAACAAGAUAGCUUAUGUCCUGUGUAUUUCCAAUUGAAUGAGUUAAGGUACAAGUAUCCUUCUCUGUGGGCAUAUGCUGAAAAUAAUAAAAUAAUAGUAAAAAAAGUUUCUCCAGAACAGAGAAAAGAAUUUGAAAGUCAACUUCAAAGUGAAGAAGAACUGCUCUUGAAUUACUUUUUGGGAUUUACAAAAGUGUUUAGGAUACUUAAAAAGGCAAAAAAGCCAAUGGUUGGCCACAAUGUUCUUAUGGAUUUGUUAUUGUUCAUGAAUAGCUUUCAUAAUCCCCUGCCUGAUACUUAUAAAGAGUUUAAAAAAGAACUGCACUCUUUAUUUCCUGUAUUAUAUGACACAAGGCAUAUAUGGAGGCAUGUGAAGAAGCAUUAUAAACUGAAGGACAUUCCAAAGCAAUGUGGUCUUUUUGAAUUGCAAGAAAUGUUUCAGAGACUUCCCAAAGCUCUUGCAACAUUAUAUUCUCCCGAUUUCCAGCAUUGCAAUGGGGAGAAAUAUCUUAAUGGAGAGUUUCCUCACGAGUCAGGAUAUGAUUCUUUCGUGACUGGUUGGGUGUUCUUGAAAAUUUGUCAUGUUUUAGCAAUGCAAAAUAUUAAAAGUACUGUGCAUGCUGAACCACAGACCUUGAAACAACACUUGAAAGCUGUCCAGCCAUUUGUGAAUAAAUUAAAUAUUGGAAGGUCUAGAGAAUUUUAUAUUGAUGUAGAAAAUGCUGAUCCAAUGCCAGUUGUACCGGAUCUGCUUCAUAUCAGUCGAAAGGAUGGGAAGCCUAUUUUAAAUCAAACCCAACUCUCUAGGCUUCUGAAUAACUAUGGAAUGAUUGAUGUGAAACUCUUGAGCAACAAGAAAGGAGCUGUUAUUGCUGUCGGAAGUCUUGGCAGUUAUAAAGAUAUAUUAAGAGGCUUUGGAAAAAAUGAUGAAUUUGUAGUCACAAAGUACAGCGUUCUUAAGCAUACCCCUGCCAUCCAAUCUGCACUUUGGUUGACUGUAGCAGGAACAAGUUGUGUGGUUGCAUUUCUUGUCUUCAAACUGUUUUCCUGAUAAUAAUCUCAUGUUAAAUUAAAUAAUUAUUGUAAAAUGUAAUGUUUUAAUACAUUUAUACGAAUCAAGUAUUUCAAUUUUGUUAUCAGUAUUUUCAAUAUUUUUACUGUAUUCUUGCCUUGAAUGAAUUUGAAGUAAUA